GACUUUUUAAAAUUUGAAUCUCCCUUUGGAAAAUUUAAAAUUUGAAAUUAAACAACAACAUCAAUAGAAUUUUUAAUAUAACAAAUUUUAAAGGAAUUCCAUCAUUGUGCUCAUCAAUUUAAUUAAUUUAUUACGCUGGAAGUAAAGUUAAGAAGGUAUUCAAAUGAUUGUUUGUGAUCGUGUAAAAGAAUUGAGGAGAUAAGGAGACGAGAAACAUAAAAUAAUAGUUGGAAUAAUUUGAAAUAAUGGGCUUCGAUUUAGGUCGAUUUUCUGGUGAAGUUGAUGAAGAGUUAAUAUGUCCCAUAUGUAGCCAAGUUUUAGAGGAACCAGUUCAGGUUGUCACAUGCGAGCAUGCAUUUUGUCAAGCUUGUAUACACGAGUGGUUAUCACGUCAACCGACAUGUCCUGUUGAUCGUCAAGCAAUCACAUCAGCGAAUCUUAGAUCAGUUCCGAGAAUCUUGCGAAAUUUAUUAUCUCGAUUAAAUAUAGCAUGCGACAAUGCAAUUUAUGGAUGUAGUCAAGUACUUAAGUUAGACGCUCUUCAAUCACACAUAGAUGAAUGUGAGCAUAAUCCAAAACGGCCUAUGCCUUGCGAAUCGGGUUGCGGUUUUAUUAUUCCGAAAGAUGAGUUCAAAGAUCAUAAUUGUGUAAGAGAACUUCGAACACUUUGCCAUCAACAGCAACAAAAAAUGACCGAAUUAAAGACUGAAAUAGCUGAUCAAAAUAUUACAAUCAAUGAACUAAAACGGGAAUUAAAUUUGAUAAAAGAUUUCAUGCGAGCUAUGCGCGUUUCAAAUCCAGCCAUGCGAGCCAUUGCUGAUCAGAUGGAACGCGAUGAAGUAAUACGCUGGUCAAAUUCUUUACCACGAGCGCGAGUUACUCGUUGGGGUGGCAUGAUAAGUACGCCCGAUGAUUCACUUCAACUUAUGGUGAAAAGAGCGUUAUCAGAAUCCGGUUGUCCACCUCAUAUACUUGAUGAAUUGAUGGAGAAUUGCCAUGAGCGUCGAUGGCCUAGAGGAUUAAGUUCACUUGAGACGCGACAAAAUAACCGUAGAAUUUAUGAUAAUUAUGUUUGUCGUCGGGUGCCAAACAAACAAGCUGUUCUCGUACUUCCCUGUGACAAUUCUCAUAUGUCAGACGAUGUAAUGGUGGAACCUGGCUUGGUCAUGAUUUUUGCUCACGGAAUCGAAUGAAUCUUUUUCUCGAUGAUUGGCAGCAUACAAUAAUUUUUCCAUCGAUUUUUUAUUUUCUUCAAUCAAUCGUGAUAAUUUUAUUUCUGUUCUUCAUGCGACAAAAAAAGGAAAUUCUUUUCGGAUUAAAAAAAAGAGGAGAAAAUUCUCUGAAUUUUUGUGAUAAAUAUUUCAUCUCUAACAUUAAAUGUGACAUGAAUUGCUUCAUAACAAUGAGAAAUUAUGUUGAUGAAGAAGACAAUGACGAUGAAACAAAAUGCUUAGGAUACUUGGUAUAAAUGGAGAUGUUUUCCUCCUUUAAAAUUAGAAUUUAAGGAUUUAUGAUCAUCAGAUACAUUUAUUUUAAUAAGAAGACAUAAGAAAAAGUAACAAACAAAACAUUAAACGAUGUCCCAAAAAGUUUAUCCAAAAUUAUUAUAAAAAAAGAAGUUAAAAUUUGGCAUAGAAUAUUGAAAUUUUUUCGUUUGACAAAGACAUUUGUAUAAAAAUUGAUUUUCCA